UUGUCACUGAUUGUCAUGACAACGAAAUCCUUAACAUACGCGGUUACUUUUGUACAUAAAUGAUAAGUUACAAUAGAAAUGUCUUUCUUUAGUAUUUGGUCUGCGUUACAAUGGUAUCUCCGACCAAUUAUCAAGUGGUUUCUUAGGAAAACAACUCGGCUGUGCGAGCUGCAAAGAAUAUGCUAUGGCGAGAAAGCUGGUGCAGCCAGGUCUUGUAAUGUGGAGAAAUCUUUGAUGCUGUCACGAACCAGAGACGUUAAGGAAGUGGUUUCAUACCUAGAUGGUACAGUAUUAGAACGGCGAUUCGUCCCAGCUAAUUUCCGACACAUACUUGACCCUUCUGUUGGUAUCAUCUUGAGAGUGAAGAAAAUAAACCCGAGUCUUCAUGGAUCGUUUGUUGUUUCGUUCCGACGAUGUUUAGAACAGAUUUGGAGUUAUAGAUUGUUACUCGAUGAAGUGGAGGAACUUCGCAAGCUACAGUAUGAUAGCAAUGACCAGGAACAUGAGGAGAAAUUGCUCAGACUGUGGAGUUUGCUGGUACCCGGUGAAGAGCUUGAGGGUCGAGUUACUAAGCAGUGGCAGGAUAUUGGUUUUCAGGGGGAUGAUCCAAAAACUGACUUCCGAGGAAUGGGAGUGCUGGGCCUAGAUAAUCUUCUCUUCUUCGCGUCAGAGUACCCUCAAGCAUCAAGCCAUGUCCUUAGUCACUCUCUGCAUCCAAAGUAUGGUUAUACUUUUGCAGUGGUAGGCAUCAACAUCACUUCCAUGGCAUACUAUCUACUAAAAGACGGGUCUGCUAAGACAUACAUGUUCAAUGCCAAGAGACACUUGCCCAGUAUUCAUUUGUUCCAUAGGUUUUACUGUUAUUUGUUCUACGAAUUUGAUAAGUUAUGGAUAGAGUCUAAGCCACAAAAUAUGAUGGAAUUUUCUAUCAUAUUUAAAAAAUUUGAAAAUGCUGUCAGAACUGAAUUAGCUGAUCCGGCUUCUGUGUUCCGAAUUAAUAUAGAAGUAGAUACUGUGUGAGCUAGUCAAUAAUUAUUUAAUUUUGUAUUGUAGUAUGCAAAUAGCAAACAUCAAAUGCAUUUAGUGUGUACCUUCUUGAUUAUAUGGGGAUAUUAUUUUAUUAGUGUGUAAAGUCACUGAAGAUGUGUUAUACAGGGCUAUCUCAAGCCUUUAUAAUAGUUCCAAUAUGCUGUAUUUUUCGAGGAAUAACUGUUGUACUAGGUUAAGAAACUUAUUAUUUAUUCUAACUUAUGCUUCAUGAAAUCUCAUCACUCAUUAGUUCAUCACAUUUGCACAAAUAUAAGAUUAUAAUUAGAAUGUGACAGACAAUGUAAAUCACAAUAAAUAAAUAAAUAUAAUUAAAUGUAUAAAA